ACAAACUUUUUACAAUCUAUGUAAAUGAAAUAAAACAUUUGGGUAUUGUAUUUUAUGUUUUUCAUUUUACCUUUCGAUGGUAAAAAUAGGAUGUCAGCUAUGAUGUCGCUACGAACUUGAACAAUUUGCCACCGACAGCUAAUGGCGCUGAUCAAAGAUUUAAGAAAAUGGAUGACAAUGAAUAGCACGAUGUCAACAAACAGAUAUUGUUUCGACACAGAAUUGAGAAAAUUAAGGCCUGCAGAAUUGUAUAUACUCGUACAAAUAUUAAGUCUAUCGGAUUCAUGGAAAAGGUUAAUGGCGAUCGUGCCAGAUCGAGAAGCAUCUGAUGUUCCCAAAUUUAAUGCUCAACAUUUCAGCGCAAUCGAGCAAGCUGCGCAACAACAAAAGAGGAGCGCAGCUGAAAUAUUUUUGGACGAAUGGGGAACGAUGGGAAGAAACAGACCAACGUUACGUACUUUGUUGGAUCUUUUAGUGAAAGCAGAAUUAUUUCGAGCAGCUGAUUACUUGGCAGGAAAUGUAUUAAAGGAAGAACUUCCGAAACGACCGGAAUAUGGACCUGCAGCCCCCGUAGAUAUUUCAGAUGAAGUUAUAAGAAAAUUAUUAGAAGAGAAGGACGAACAAGAGACUAAUUUUAAUGAGUCUUUAAUAUUUGGAUUACCUUCGGAGGUUAACGAUAACAAGGCUAUGGAUAACGAAUCACAGAAUAGUAUUUUGGAAAGAAAUAUGCAGUCGACGAAACUGAUUUCCAUAAAGGAAGAACAUAACGCGAAAUAUUUGGAAAACAUUGUGAAUACAGAUAUUCAACUAAAACCCAUAAAAGGAUCGACGAAUGUAGAGGUGUCCGACUUGAUGAAGUUCAGUAGUGAACAUAAUAUCGAGGAACGUAGAAGGCAUGACAAUCUUUCUAUACCUACGCCGCGUACGAGUAACAAUUACUUACAAGAAUAUGAGAAACAAGAGAUGUCGUCUUGCGAGUUACCUGUAUUUGUAAAUAAAUUUGGACAAAGUGUGGAGCAAACGACAUCGUGCCGGGAAGUGUUAUCAGACGAGCUUCCAACUUUUUUGAACAAUAGCACUUACGCAUCCAGUAGCAGUUCGAAUAUUAAUUCUAGCAGCGAUUCGUCGAAUCUGUCUAAUCUAAGUAUCAAUCAGAAUGAAAUGACUUCUGCUGAAUUACCGCAAUGUAUUCACGAACUUCGCCUGAAUUCUGCGAGCGAUACGGAUAAUACAGCUGCUCCGAAAGACGAUGAAAACAUUACACAAUAUGCAUUGCGUUCACAAGAAUUACCGAUUACGGUGUUGAAAUACAACAAAUAAAAUAUUUGUUGAAACCAGUUACAAGCUUCGGCUUAAAUUGAUAACCUCGUAAAAAGAAAUGCAGAUU